CAAAGUCAUGAGUCAUAGGAACCUUUGAAGAACAGGUCAGGCAGAAUAUAAAUUCAGCCUACCCAUCAUGCGAAUUGCAGAAACCUAGGAGAGACCCAGAGCAGCAGUCUUCCUCCCUGCAUAAAACAAGGUUCAGAACAAUGGAAGCUUUAAAUAAAGCAAACACAAGCUUUGCUCUUGACUUUUUCAAACAUGAGUGUCAGGAAGAUGACAACGAGAACAUUUUGUUCUCCCCUUUUAGUAUUUCAUCUGCCCUGGCUACUGUGUAUUUGGGAGCCAAAGGCAACACUGCAGAUCAGAUGGCAAAGGUACUCCACUUUAAUGAAGCUGAAGGAGCCAGAAACGUCACCACAACCAUAAGAAUGCAAGUCUAUUCCAGAACAGAUGAACGCCUAUCAAAUCACCGUGCCUGUUUCCAGAAGACAGAAAUUGGCAAAUCAGGUAAUAUCCAUGCUGGGUUUAAAGCACUGAACUUGGAAAUCAACCAACCCACUAAGAAUUACCUGCUUAGAAGUGUCAACCAGUUAUAUGGAGAAAAAUCACUGCCUUUCAGUAAGGAAUACUUACAGUUAGCCAAGAAAUACUACAGUGCAGAACCACAAUCAGUUGACUUUGUGGGAGCAGCAAACGAAAUCAGAAGAGAGAUCAAUUCCAGCGCUGAACACCAGACUGAAGGCAAAAUAAAAAAUCUGCUGCCUCCUGGAUCCAUAGAUUCACUCACCAGGCUAGUCCUGGUAAAUGUGCUCUACUUCAAAGGAAAUUGGGCAACAAAGUUUGAAGCUGAAGAUACCAGGCAAAGGCCUUUCAGAAUAAAUACGCAUAUAACUAAACCAGUACCAAUGAUGCACCUGAGUGAUACAUUUAAUUGGACCUACAUAGAAUCAGUCCAAACUGAUGUUCUUGAGCUUCCAUAUGUCAAUAAUGACCUCAGUAUGUUCAUCCUGCUUCCACGGGAUAGCACUGGCCUACAAAAGCUAAUAAAUGAAUUGACUUUUGAAAAAUUGUCUGCAUGGACCAGUCCAGAAUUAAUGGAGAAGAUGAAAAUGGAAGUGUAUCUUCCCAGGUUCACAGUAGAAGAGAAAUAUGACCUGAAAUCUACUUUGAGCAAGAUGGGGAUAGAAGACGCUUUCACUGAAGGUCAAGCUGAUUUCACGGGAAUGUCAGAGAAUGCUGAUCUGUUUUUGUCACAAGUUUUUCACAAGUGUUAUGUGGAAGUCAAUGAAGAAGGCACAGAGGCAGCGGCUGCCAGUUCAGCAUCUCUAGCAUCACGAACCCUUGGUGCUACAGUUAUUUUUGUGGCAGAUCACCCUUUUCUCUUCAUUAUCAGACACAACAAGACCAAGUGCAUUCUUUUCUUGGGAAGGUUCUGCUCCCCCUAGAAAGCCAACUAUUAAUAAACAAACCCUUACAACAACAAUUAUGAACACAAUGUACACCAUGAAGAACACCUCCAUAGACUGUGCACUUUAUCAUUUUCCCGUACUAUUGACAAUCUCUGUUAGAAGAGAGCUCAUAUUAAAAAAUAACACAAAUUCAAACCU